UAAAGGGCAAUGCUGUCUGCGUUUUUAGUCGGAGCUCCGAUCCCGGAACUGGAUUACCUGACUCGCGCCAAAUUUUCGGAGUUAUGCAUCUCUCCGCGAAGCUGUAGUGAUACAGAGAUCAUCCUUCCUGCCAUUCUUCAUUGUCGGAACAUUCAUGCCUUGAAAUCUUACGGCAUGUUUGUAUCCUCAACUUUUGAAUAUUCAAGGGCGUCGACAUGUCGGCGGUAACCCAAAAACCCUGCGAACAGCAUAUGGGUAAAAGAACGGUAGUUUCUGAGAAGCUUGAGGAGGAGAACAAGAAAGCACCUGCGAACUACAAGGGAUUCGUUGCUGGUGUGUUCUCGGGUAUAGCAAAGCUCACAGUUGGUCAUCCCUUCGAUACGAUCAAGGUCAGACUACAAACAACGGAAAAGUCACACUUUAGAGGGCCCCUAGAUUGUGUUUUACAAACUGUAAGAAAUGAGGGUGUACGAGGCUUGUAUAAAGGUGCGACGCCUCCACUGGUAGGGUGGAUGUUUAUGGACAGCUUGAUGCUUGGAUCCCUAACGGUCUACCGCCGACUGAUUCGCGAACACAUCUUUGCUCCACGACUACCGACCGGAGGGAUCGACCCAAAUUACAAAUUGAGCCCAUUUGGUCAUGGACUCGCUGGUAUGGCCGCUGGUUGGACAGUGAGCUUCAUAGCCGCACCAGUAGAGCAUGUAAAAGCACGAUUACAGGUACAAUACGCUGCAGACAAAUCGAAAAGAUUAUAUUCUGGUCCAAUAGACUGUUCAAAGAAGUUGCUUCAGAAUCACGGGAUAAGAGGCCUCUAUCACGGUCUUGGAGCAACAUUGCUCUUUAGGACGUUCUUUUUUUGUUGGUGGAGCACCUACGAUUUAUACUCACGGUGGCUCCAGCAGUAUACCAACCUUAGCACUCCUGCCAUCAAUUUCUGGGCAGGUGGGCUGAGUGCACAGAUGUUUUGGAUCACGAGCUAUCCAUCAGAUGUUGUUAAGCAGCAGAUCAUGACAGAUUCUUUGGACAAGGACAAAAGAAAAUAUUGGAGAUGGCGCGAUGCUGCUUUACAGGUUUAUAGAGACCGGGGAUGGAAAGGAUACUGGAGAGGCUUUGUACCCUGUUUUUUACGAGCGUUUCCAGCGAACGCAUGCGCGCUCGUUGCUUUCGAGGCUGUUAUGAGAGCGUUGAGCUAGGCUAUUUAAAAUUGAACUCGACGAUCUUUUCGUGA